UGACUUAGAUAUUAUUUAAAGAUAACAAGAUUUUCUUGAAUGAAGAGAAUUGAAAAUUUUGUUUGUGAAUAGCAAAACGCUUGUACUUGAGUGCUCUUUCUCUGGCUAAGAUAUUUCACAGUUCUUCCAACUAAGAUGUUGAAUUUUACCAAAUAUAUUACUUUUACAUGCUUUGUGCUUUAUAACUUCAGCAAUAUCUAGAUACGCCAUUAAUGUAUUUAUCUCUUAUGUAAAACCCUUGAGUCAGUAGAGUUAUUUUGGCCGGUAGUUUACAGUCUUUAUCACAUUUUUCUAUUCAAUUCAAGCGCAAAAUCACAAUUACAGCAGUGUGAACAGCAAUGUGCUGAGCUAUAUUUGAGUUGUACGCCUUAUCUUAUCGCUUGCACUGCACGGUCGACAUGAAUUCGUACAUACGUGUACUUGUAUGUAUGUUGUGUGUAUGUAUGUACAUAUAUAGACGCAUAAUUUGUAGAGUGCUUGAAUAAAAGGUUGCCUCACCACAUGUGACUUACACAUGCAUACAUACUCGUGCAUGUACAUAUAUAUGUAUAUUUAUUAUUCCCAUAUCUUUGCCUCAGUGUUGUUUGUGCUCUCAUUUUGUUGUGCUUCUCUUUUCAUGGUAGUUUUUAUAAAAUUGUCUAUGUCUACUUUAACGCGCUCAUCACUCGCUUAUCAGUCAGUCGCCGUUUGCUUAACCUUUCGCUUAUCAGUGCUGUGUGGCUCAUAGCUCAGGUUGUGCGCUCAGCAAGAAAAGCAAAUAUUGAUUUUGAUUUCUUUGGAAUCGCAGAAUUUUCUUUUCCUGCUUUUUCGAUGGAUUUACACAUUUUCCCGUGUUUCCAAGUCGGCCUUAUGUGCGCAUUGCAAACAAAAGACUUUGAAAACGAACUUCAAGUGCGCACAUUCAUACUCACACGCGAUCAUUUAGCUUAUCGCUAACAUCUCUGCGUAUGUGUAUGUCAAUGAUUAAUGUGUGUGUGUUUUUGUGCUUUAUUAGAAUUGACUGCAAUGAGUUAUUUAAUUUUUCCACAUAUCGUUUUUUUGUUUUUGUUUUUUUUUUUGUUAGAAUUUCAUGUUUUUCGUUGAAUUGGACGUUCAUAUAACAGAAUUUUAUUUAAAGUUCAACGUCAGCAGAACUACGAAAUUUUCAACUGUUGACACAGCUGCUUUUUGUUUCAAUUUUUCGUUAUUAAUCUUACGUGUGUGUUUUUUGCUCGCUCUGUUUGUAUGUGCUUGGACCGACCCUCCCACCGCGUCCCUUGCCGAGCGCACUCUCGCUUUUCAAUCCACAUCAAACCAACUGUCGGCGCUGCCAACUCUGCUGCCUCACCUAACAGCGCUGGGAAGUGCAUAUACACCCCUACAUAUGCUCACAUACAAAUAAAUAUACAGACCUAUAUGUAGGUAUAUGUUUUUUAUAAUUCAGCCAUUCAGUUGCUUUCAGUUCAGUUCAGUUGAGUUCAGUUCAUCAUUCUGUUGAGUAUUCACUCAUCAUUAUCGGGCAUAUGGUCAGGCGGUGAGUUUGUCGCGUUUUUAUUUUUAAUUUUCAUUGUUGUACUCCGUUGCCUUUUUGUUGUUGUCGCCGAGGCUUUUCACGCUGCGCUCCACUACAAAUUGUAAUGUGCACAAAUUAAUUCAGCAACACAGGCGACCGACGAACAGUACAUUCAGCGCCUGCGAUCUACAAAAACAGAAUUAAAAAAAAGAAGAAAUUAAUAAAAAAUAAAUGUAAAAAUAUAAGCUUGAGGUUUUUUGUUCUGAUUUCAAUAUCAAUUUGAAGCGGUAGUUAGCCGCUUGCUGUCAACUGUCGCCUGCCGUUCGCGCCACAGCGUUCAUUCAUAUCAAUCAAAAGUUAAAAAAUGAAUAAAAAUAUUUAACCACCGAAACAAACACCCUCUUAUAGGGUUGUGCGAAAUAAAAAAAAAUAUAAAAACAAAAAAAAAACUAUUCUAAAAAACUUUUCACAGAACGAUAAAUAAAUCAGAGACUCAAUUGUCGCUACGACUAAACAAAUAUACAUACAUACAUACUAUAAAUAUUUAAUUGCAUGAAAUAAAGAAAAAAAAAAUUAAAUAAUUCUGGUGUUGGCUUGCAAAUACAAAAUUUUAGACUGAAGUGAAUAUUAUUAAAAAAAUAAAAUUGAAGAAUUCAUAUAACUUUAAAUCAAAGUGGAUGUGGAGCGGAAAUCAAAUACUGUUAGCUUGAAAAUUAUUUUUCAACUUUUAACCCACACGUUCUUAAACAAUUUACUAUAAUUACGAUAUUUUUCAUAACACUGGUGUCUGCAGAAUCAGAAGAGCAUUGCUUAUGCGCUUAUGGUGGCGGUGCUUAAAGCAAAAAAAAAGUUAUUAAAAGUAAAAUCGAUAAAAUUUAUUAAAAUACCUAUUUUUUUGCAAAAUCUGAAAAUGGUGCGUAGUCGUCGUUCGAUUUCCAAAGAGGAUGCCUCAUCUGUGCAUACCGACAGCGGAGUUUCGUUGUCUUCACCACCCGCUUCUUCAAGUGUGCACAACAGCGGUGAUGGCGAGGAGACACGGCCAAUCCGCAAGCGAAAACAACUGCGUCAGCGUGUUAGUAGCGUAAAGACAGCUAAAAAGGCACGUCCAAGCACAGUAGAGCCGGUUGAGGUCACAGCAGUUGUGAAGAGGCAGAAACUUAGUGAUUCAGCUAAUUCAGCGGAUUCCGAAAAUGAUUCAGCGCCUUCACCAAAGCAGUUAGUGGAUUUGGGAGAUAAAUUAGCGCAGGAUGGCGAAAAUUUAGUGCAUGUAAUCGAUAGUAUAACGGUUGAUAUUGACAAUUCAGACGCUUUGACAAAAGAAGCACUUGCCAGUGAUAUGCAGCUGGCACUAUCCCAGUCAGAGGCAAUAGAUACUAUAAAUUCAGCAUUCAUUGUAAUUCCCGUUGCUGCCGAUACAGAGGAAACGGUUCAAUCGAUUGACUUAUCGGAUAAAUCUGUUAUCGUUCUAACGACUGUUUCGGAGAAUUCCAUCUCAGCUGCCGAUUCAGCAUUCUCCGAAACGGAUGUCACUCAAUCUGCCGCCGAUUUGUCGGACAUAACGCAUUCAGUACCAAAUGAUUCUAUAAUUUCAACCGCCGACUCGCAGUCUGCAAUUGCUGAUGGGUCUCUAACGCCAGCCGCCAAUAAGCGUUCGGGUAAAGUUUUCAUGCGUAAAGUGCAUAUUUGCCAUAUCUGUUCCAAGCAAUUUCGUGGCAAUAACGAUCUACGACGACACAUGCUCAUACAUUCGGAUGAACGGCCGUACAAGUGCGAGCAUUGCGGCAACUGCUAUCGGCAGGCAGUAAAUCUCAGAAAUCACAUCAAUUGUGCCCACACAAAUCAACGACAGUUCGCCUGUGCGCAGUGUCCGAAGAUGUUCGCUAUCAAGGAGCGCUUGCGUUUACAUAUGCGUUUGCAUUCGGGCGAAAAGCCUUACGCUUGUAAGGACUGCGAUAAACGCUUCGCACGUGGCGGUCAUCUUAAGCAGCACGUUAUGAGCCAUCACAAGAGUAGCAUCAAGCAAUAUGUGUGCGAGAAAUGCUCUACCUCCUUCUCAUCGACCUCGAAUUUGCGCGCCCACAUGGAUCGUCACGAGAAUGGACCCGAACACUAUUGUGAGAUCUGCAAGGAGCACUUCCCGAACGAACCAGUGCUCAAAGCGCACAUCAAUAAACUGCACUAUAAGUUGGGUCAGUUCGAUUGCGACAUUUGCAAGGAGACCAUCGAAGAUGAUGAGCUAGCCAAACACAUGAAGACUCAUACGAAUGUGAAAGCGCAUGUCUGCGAGGUGUGCAAAUCGUAUUUUACGCAGAAAUCACAGUAUAACGUGCAUAUGCGUAUGCAUACCGGCGAGCGUCCGUACCAGUGUAGGAUUUGCUGGCAAACUUACGCCUACUCGAGCGUUUUGAAGCUGCACAUACGCAAACACACUGGAGAAAAGCCUUUCCAGUGCUUGGUAUGCACAGACGUAGUAGCCUUCUCGCAAUUGGCACACUACAAGACACAUAUGAAGAAGAUACAUAAGCAAAACAAUCCCUACAUGUGUGAGGGCUGUCAUCAGUUUUUCAAAGUCAAAGCAGAGCUUCAAUCGCACAUGCAACAAUGCGACAACUGUAAUGUAGACGUCGAGAAGGAGAAUGCCAAAAAUAAUGACUUGCAAACACUCUCCCACAUACGUUUUCUUAUGGCAUUGCUAUUGAAGAAAAUCUCCUCCCAACAGAAGCUGCAACAAUUGGGCUACGAGAAGCGUCUUAUCGAUAAUGUGGUUGUGGCCUCACUAAAGUUGGCGAACCGCAAAGCAUGUGAAGAUCAGUCACUGCCGGCAAUCGAACGCAUGCGUCGGAAUGUUGAGGAGUUUCUCAAUUGGAUUGUGCCUGCCAAGGCAAUGGAAACAUUUCGGCAGGAGCAACAGUCCAUAGACGAUAUACUGGAUAAAAUAGUCACCAUGUAUAUGAAGCAUAAAUGAUGAUGAGGUGCCGUAUGAUAUUCGGAAUGUGCCAUAACAUGCGCGAGGAAAUAGUGGAUGUGAAUUGUACUUUGCAUUUUUAACUGACCACAUGGGCAUAGGAGUUUUUUACGUUAUUUAGUUUAACCGGACAGGUUUAAACCACCUGCACCAACUAUGAUUUUCGACUUUUUUUUAUAUCAAAGACACCAAAAACAAUCCAAAGAUAUUUUUGCCAAAAGCUUGCUAAUAGCAGUAAUAAUUUUAAGUUCUUUAGUUUUCUGAUUACUUAUAAAAUAUGUUAGUAUUAUGCUGAGUUUUUAGUUUUACUAGACGCCAAUGAAUUUUACUGAAGUCUACCGAUAUCAGCCAGCUUUUCGCUUUUGAUUUCCUUUGCUAUAUAUUUAGCUAGUCAUAACAGCAUAUUGCAUACAGAUUUACGUUACCAAAAAAGCUAAGAAAUCUUGCCAUAUUUAGUUUUAGAUUUAUUACAUCAGAAAUCUGUAAUGAUUUUCAUUUUUUUGCUUAGCUGCAUUAUUUAUAUGAAUUUGUUUCUUGAAUUAAUA